AUGCACCCGAUGGAGAAGACCCCCACAAACACCAAUACCAUCAACAAAACGGAGCUGCAACACGAUCACAGCGGGAACUCGUCGGCCGCCCCAACGGUGAUCGCCGUCGAGGUCGAUCCGGAUGCUCUCGGCUGCCCCACAUGCCUUCAGCCCCUCGUACCUCCAGUGUUCCAGUGCGCGGCUGGACAUCUGGUUUGUUCCACCUGCCAUGGCAACCUCUCGGACAAGAACAAGUGUACCUCCUGUUUCAUCAAAACGGGCUUCAGCCGUUGUUUCGUCCCCACGAGCUACAGCCGCUGCCACGGCGUCGACCGCAUCCUGCAAUCCGUCCGAGUCGCCUGCCCAUACCGCUGCAGUGCAGUCAAGACGUUCUACCACGAUAAGGAGGAGCAUGAGAGGACCUGUCCCGGCAAAGCCGGCGCCGUGCGCAAGCGGGGACGGGUCCUGAAGAUGGGCCCCUGCGGCGGCGGCGGCGGAGACGUCUGGGAGAUGGACUUGCGGGGUGUUAACCGUAUCGUGAAGGUGGUUCUCUGGCACUCCGGCGCGGUCGACGCCAUCUUGGUGUUAUACGAGCGGGAUGGCCGGGAGGAGCAGACCAAGCACUGGGAAAAGCUCGAAGGACAUCGUUCAGAGAUCUGCCUGGAGCCGGGUGAAUACCUCGUCGGCGUCAAAGGGAACCUGGGCAAUUUCGGUGGUUGUUUCCUCUUGGGAACGCUUACUUUCAUCAGCAACCUGCGCACCUUUGGGCCAUAUGGAACGAGGGAAGGUCCGCCAUUCGACCUUCCAGCAGCUGGCGGCAAGAUUGUUGGCUUCCAUGGCCGCUCCGGGGGCCUCCUCGAUGCUCUGGGCACUUACGUAAAGAUGGACGACUAG